GUGGCGAGGGGUGAGCCGGCCACUUGACGUUUGGGUUCUUCCGGUUGACCAGAGGGGAGAUGUGGGCUGCAAGUCGGAGGUGCCGCUUACAUGACGUCGAUGCGCGUCACUAUUGAGGCGGGGCAGAAAGUGAGACAUGUGGGCCGCCCUGAACAAACUGCACAGUGGACAAGAGGGGGCAGUUAUGGUCCUGAGGCGCAUCAAAACACGCAAGCAGUUCGAGACAUUGCUGCGGGAGGAGGAGGAGACCCUGGUCGUUGUCUUUUUCGCGGCCCGAUGGUGUAACAAUUGCGCCAGCAUCAAGCCCUUCUUCCGGAUGAGGUCCGACCAGCACCACGACGUCAUCUUCGUGGAGGUGGACGUGGACGAGUCGGAGGAUCUGGCCCGGGCUGCGGGCAUCACCUGCAUGCCCACCUUCCACUUCUACAGCUGCCAGGAAAAAGUUGCAGAGUUCUCCGGGACCAAGAGGGACAAGUUAGACCGUCUGCUAAUGCGACUGAAGUAACUCCCGCGUGUUUCAAGCAAAGAAUAAUAAUUAAAUGCACCUGUCCUGUGAGUGGUUGCGUUUAUCGAGUCUUGCAGCGCAGAAGGUCAUGCGGCCCAUCGAAUCUGUGCGAGAAUACUGUGUGCAGUUUGGUCUCCAUAUUUA